UCUCACUCGCUUACUUUUACACACUCCACUUUCCAAAACAACAAAAAAAAAACAGCGUCGUUUGAAGGAUGAGUAAAGCAGGCAGGUCCGCCGUGAACGACCGUGACAGGCCGAAGCAUUUUCCGCCUAUCCCGAGGAACCGAUUCCAGAAAACUGGGAACCCGGCAGCUUACGAAUGGAAGGAGACGAAGAACGCGUUCGUGAUGAGGGUGGACAUGCCUGGGUCCUCAGAUUCAGACCUCGUCUACGGGGUCGAAGGCAGCAACGUCUACUUCUUCGCCAACGAUCCCGCCUUGCCCGGAUACAAGCACGACGGACGCAAAUUCGGUGGCGCCGUGGCCAUCAACCGUGAGUUAUACGAUGUGAACCAAGCCAAGGCCAAGCUUCUCAACGGUGUGCUCUGGAUCAGCGUUCCGAAGAUCCCAGCAGGCAAAAAGGCCGAGCUUCAUGUCGUUGAGAAGAUGGUCGAUUUGAAGAUAACAAGAGCGGACGCGGUCUGAGCCAGCCGUACCGUACGUCGUCUUGUCUUUAUCCGUCCAGUCUCGUUCUAUCAGCUUGCCUCGAAACGGUGUCUAGGGUUUUAUGGUCUUCUCUUCUCUUAUGACUUUUUUCUUUUUCUUUUUCUGUUUUUGAAUAAAAGUGUCGACUUUGUUUUUCAUGUUUUAUGGUUAAGGUCUGAUGUUAGUUUCUUCUAUAUCACCUAAUCAAUGUCAUCAGAAACCGUAUGUUCAUGUUUAAUGGUGAAGUACUGCUUUUAAUUUCUUCUAUAAUUAUUAAUGUCAUUAAAAACCGUUU